GGGUGAAGUGGGAGGGACAGGGGGCCAGAACUGGAACCAGAGCUGACUCCGAAACAGGGCCUCUGAAGGUCUUCUGGUCUUUUUCUGGAGGGACCAAAGACCAUGGCUCAACUGGUAUGGGGGUUGCUCUUCCUGGGCCUCAUGGCCAUGGCUCAUGGGCUUCGGAAGGGUGAUGAUCUGCUUGAUGUCUGCAUGGAUGGUAAGCACCACAAGUACAAGCCUAGUCAAGAAGAUGAUCUUCAUCAACAGUGUAGCCCAUGGAAAAAAAGAGCCUGCUGCACAGUAAACACUAGCAUCGCAGCCCAUGAGGAUGCCUCCUACUUGUAUGGCUUCAACUUUAACCACUGUGGGAUGAUGGCUCCAGCCUGCAAACGCCACUUUGUCCAAGACACAUGUCUCUACGAGUGUUCCCCAAAUCUGGGACCCUGGAUCCAGCCUGCAGAGUCGAGCUGGAGGAAGGAACGCAUCUUGAAUGUCCCCCUCUGCAAGGAGGACUGUAACCAGUGGUGGGAGGACUGUAAAUUCUCCUAUACCUGCAAAGAGAACUGGCACAAAGGCUGGAAUUGGACUUCAG